AAACGUAAAACCCACCCCUACCUUCCCUUCCCUUAUAUAUAUCCACCCCCACCCCCAUCCCUCCUCACCCACACCCCAUACAUACAUACUCCAUACCAUUGCCAAUUCUUUCCAACAUAACAUAUACCUUUUCACUAAACAUCAUAUAUGGAAGUUGUGAGGCUAUUAGAGGAGGCGCAUCCGUAUUAUGCGCCACCGCAACAUCAUCAUAACUCGUCUCAUCCGACUAUAGGCUUCCCGCUUGGCACCGCGUUGCUUCUGAUCGUCGUUUUCAGCGUUAGCGGCAUUUUGUCAUGUUGUUACCAUUGGGACAAGCUUCGUCACCUACGCGGCGUCCAUUCUGACGAAGAUCCAGAACUUGCUAAGCCUAAACCUAUUUACUCGGAAAAUAAGCGAGAAGAGGAUCGAAGUGUACCGGUAAUAAUGGCAGGAGAUCGGUUCGCGAGGUUCAUAGCAAUGCCGUGUCCGUGUGAACCACCAAGACAAGGAGCGGUUACCGUAACGGAGAUCCAGACGCCAUCGAAACCGCCGCAUAUAGCCAUCGAGAUGAAUUAGUUUGUUAAUUUUUAAAUUUUUGUGUGUACAUAUAUCGUGUCAGAUUUACUUAUAAAUCGAGUUUGUGAUUCUUCUU